AGCAUCUUCUAGAGAGAGAGAGAGGGACAGAACAAAAUUUAGGGUUUCCAAAAAAAAAAUCUGAGACUUUAAAAUGGGCGUCAUGAUCAAUUAUCAUUUGCUCGCUAUCAUCUUCGGCAUCUUAGGAAACGCAAUAUCCUUCCUCGUAUUCCUCUCUCCAUUCCCGACGUUUUAUAGAAUAUACAAGAAGAAAUCGACGGAAAGUUUCCAGUCACUACCGUACCAAGUGUCGCUAUUUAGCUGCAUGCUAUGGCUCUAUUACGCAUUGAUUAAGCAAAAUGCUUUUCUCCUAAUCACCAUCAACUCCUUUGGCUGCAUCAUUGAAACUAUCUACAUCGCCAUGUUCUUCGCUUACGCCACCAAAGAUAAAAGAAUGGCGGCUAUGAAGCUGUUCUUUACUAUAAACGUUGCUUUCUUCUCGUUAAUUCUAAUGGUUACACAGUUUGCGGUUAAAAGCCAUAGCCUCCAAGUCUCUGUCAUUGGCUGGAUUUGUGUUUCCAUUUCUGUAUCUGUUUUCGCUGCCCCUCUAAUGAUCGUGGCUCGUGUGAUAAAGACAAAGAGUGUGGAAUUCAUGCCCUUCACCCUCUCGUUUUUCCUCACGAUAAGUGCGGUUAUGUGGUUUGCUUAUGGUGCAUUCCUCCACGACAUAUGCAUAGCUAUUCCAAACGUGUUGGGAUUCAUACUAGGGAUGUUACAAAUGGUUUUGUACGGAGUUUACAGAAACUCAGGGAUGAAAAUAGAUGCUGAGAAGAAAAAGAUAAACUCAUCAGAUCAACAACUUAAGACUAUUGUCGUGAUGAGUCCGUUAGGUGUGUCGGAAGUACACCCGGUUGACGUCACGGUGGACCCACUCUCCGUUCAUCAUGAAGAUCUAUCCAAACAGGUGGAGCCGUCAACUGAAGACAGAAAAUGCCACGUGGAGACUGCCCAUUCUUGAAUAUAUUGAGAAGUAAAAAAGGCCGGUCAAAGGAAGAAUUUAUUUCGGUGGUUUGUUUUUAUUUUUGUUUCGUAUUUUUAUUUCUUAUAUGUAUGUACUUGCGUAAAGUUUUGUGUUAAAAUCUUAUCUUUAAGUGAAUAAAAUUAUCUUUGUGCG